GACCGAACAAAAAGAACCAAACCUAAACAUCUAGAAGCCAGAGCUCAAAAACUGCAAGUUUCCUCUAUUCGAACUGCUGAUGUUGGACCGGAGCUACAGCAAGCGGGUGGAUAACCGUUUUGCAUUUUAGUCCGUCAAAGACCUGGAAUUCUUCCAUGAGACCUGAAAGCGAGCAUAAAGAAAUCAACUGUGUUACACUAGCCCGUGAAUAGGUAAUGUACAUUGAAGCGACCUUCAGCUAUUGCAAUUCCCUUCGAAAUGAAUUCGUUACAUUUUUCGGUUACUGCAAUAGGUGUAGCUAUAAAGUUCUGCCGUUCUGAAACGCGUCUCUUCUUGACAUUAAACCGGUAGUCACAAUUUAUAACCAAUAAUAGCAAAUGAAUUCAUGCAAUUGAACAGUUAGUAGAGAGAUGGUACAUUCAAAAAUCAACUUGGGUAUACCCAUCAUAUUUCCCGUUAUAUCUUUUACAUGCCGGCCGAUACGUUUAUUCUCCUUGUCAAUAUUUCUCAUAUUAUUACUUGGAAUGUUAUUAUUCAGCAGAUUUUGGAAAUCAUCUAUAUUCCCUUCAUACACUGAUUCCAAUGUUUUUUGGCAAUGGAAAGAAAUGGAUUUUCCUUCACCAAAUCCUUUAUGGUUACAGUCAAUCCGUGUUCAGUAUCCUAAGAACCUAACACAUUUGUUGUACAAAUCACUAGAAGUUUCACACCCACUCUCCCACUUAGAGCCUAUCAGUGCUAUUUCGAACCUACGACAAUAUGUUUCACUGCUUAACUCAAUCCAGUAUGUUCGUAAUGCAGAUAUAUAUGGUCAGCUUCCAACAAGAGACAAUUUCAAUGUUGUAACAUCCGCUCCCGAACAUGUAAUAGUAAUACAGAUUCAUAAUAGAUCCUUAGAGUUAACGCUACUCAUUGAAUCAUUACGACGUGUGAAAGGAAUUGAAAAAUCAUUGAUUAUUUUUUCACAUGAUAUUUAUUCCGAUGAAUUGAAUAAUCUUAUCGCCUCUAUUCGUUUUGCUCGUACUGUACAAAUUUUCUAUCCUCAUUCAAUUCAAAUCUUUUCAAAUUCAUUUCCUGGUACUGAUCCAAGGGAUUGUGAGAGUAGAUUGUCACCAACUAAAGCUAAAAGUAUCGGUUGUUUAAAUGCUGGUUGGCCAGAUACAUUUGAACAUUAUCGUGAAGCUGGGUUUGCACAGAUUAAAAAUCAUUGGUUAUGGAAAAUUCAAUUUAUGCUUGAUCACUUUUAUCCUACCAAGUAUUAUAAUGGAUACUUCAUUUUAUUAGAAGAAGAUUACUUUGUUCUUGAGGAUAUUCUAGAAGUGACUUCUUUGAUCAGUUCAAAGAUUUGGAAUCCUUCAAAUGUUGAUGGAAUUAUCGCUCUUGGAUCAUAUGAUAAACACCAAAAAUAUACCUCCACUAAGGUUGAAGUAACCUACUGGCUUGCACCGAAGCACAACAUGGGCAUGGCUAUCUCCCGUUCUAUGUGGAGAAAAAUUCAAAGUUGUCUAGAUCUGUUUUGUAAAUAUGAUGACUACAAUUGGGAUUGGACUUUACAAUAUGUUGGACAGAACUGUCUCCCGACGAAAUUGAAAGUGCUCACAUUACCUGAUUCUACUCGUGUCUUUCAUUUGGGUGAAUGUCGAGGAAUUCAUCAUCAGAAAAAUGUUUGUUCAUCGGAGUUACUAGCUACAAAUAUUUUGCAAACAUUUAAUGGACCAUUAUUAGCUAAAUUAUAUCCAAAAUCCCUUGAUUUAUCAGUAAAUCUACCCUAUGUAAUGCGUAGACAAAAAGUUAAUGGCGGUUGGUCUGAUGAACGUGAUCGAAGUCUUUGUCGAAGUCUAUUAUCUAGGCGAUGGAAUGAAAUUCUUACACAAUGGGCUCCCAAAUUAACUCUGUAUUCACCUAUCUACUAAUAAGAUUAUCUAUAUUGCUCAAAUUUUGUUUUUCUUUUCAAGAAAAAAUUGUUACCAUUUAAUCUUUCAUUAUUUUGUUAUUUUAACUGUUUUCUUGUAUUGUGGGCAUUUUCACUAUCAUCACCUCCUUGAAAAAAAAAUCCUUUGCUGCUGAUUUCGUUUAUGUAACACUCAGGUAAUCAUUGCGCCCUUCUCAGCUUAUUAUAUGUGUAAAACUGAUAAAUGCCACCAGAGUUGCAAUUUUUUUUUGGCAUGAAUAACUAUUUUUUACCUUCAGGUUAAUGUGUGUGUGUGUGUGUGUAUGACCUCUCUGAUGUGUGUAAUUAGCAAGUUCAAUAUAUGCCAACUAACUAGAUGAUAAUUGAUAAGAUUUGUUUCAUUGUUUACAGUUAAACAUUUCAUUCCUUUUUCAAUGAAAAAUUGUUUUCUGGUUAUAAGAUUUUCAUAGUUUAUUUUUUUGUUAUUAAUAAAUAAUUGUGUACAAGUGAAAUUUCUGCUUUCAUUUUAUAUACCUUAGUCAUACAAAGAAUUAACUGUU